AUGAUGGCAUUUGCACCUCCAAAAAGCAUAGAUGGUCCCAAAAUGCAGACAAAGAUGAGCACCUGGACACCCCUAAAUCAUCAGCUUUUGAAUGACCAGAUAUUUGAAGAAAGAAGAGCCUUACUUGGAAAAUGGUUUGACAAGUGGACAGACUCUCAAAGGAGAAGAAUCCUCACAGGCCUGUUGGAACGCUGCUCCCUGUCACAGCAAAAGUUCUGCUGUCAAAAACUUCAGGAAAAACUCCCAGCAGAAUCCCUGGAUUUUACUACCAAGCUUCCAAGAGUGUUAUCUGUAUACAUCUUUUCUUUCCUGGAUCCCCGAAGCCUUUGUCGUUGUGCACAGGUCUGCUGGCAUUGGAAGAACUUAGCUGAGCUGGACCAGCUGUGGAUGCUCAAAUGUUUACGCUUUAACUGGUACAUCAAUUUCUCUCCAACUCCUUUUGAGCAGGGCAUCUGGAAGAAGCACUAUAUUCAAAUGGUGAAAGAACUUCAUGUUACCAAGCCUAAGACACCUCCCAAAGAUGAAUUUGUAAUCGCUGAUGUUCAGCCAGUGACAAGCAGUUCUCCAAAGGAAAAGCAGUCUCCUCUGUCAGCUUUUCAGUCUUAUUCCUCUUUAAGAAGGAAGAGUAAGGCAGAGAAAAAAGAACUUCCACCCUGGAGAUCCUCUGAUAAGCAUCCAACUGAUAUCAUUCGUUUUAAUUACCUGGACAACUGUGACCCCCUCGACAGCGUCUGGCAUGGAAGAAAGAAAAGAAAUGAAAUGACCCCAGAUUUUAGCCGACAACCACAUGAAAAGAGAAAUAAAUUGCAGGACAGAUCGAGGCUAAGAAAAGCACAGUCACUGGUAAGUCUCACAGCA